AUGAUGCCAAGACCGAUCUUGAAAGAAAACUUCAAUAUCACGUAUCGGAAGAUACCAGUUCUGGCAAUCGACAAGGAGAUUUAUAUCGACACAGCCAUCAUCUUGGAAGCUCUCGAGGCGCAGUUUCCAGAGACUCAAGGAUAUGGCACAAUCUAUCCGAACCCUUCACUUCGGCCUCUCAUACGAGGCUUUGGUUCCUAUUGGACGGACAAACCGUUCUUUCGGGUGACAACUGGACUGAUCCCUGGUAGUGUUUGGCACACAAGUUUUGGCCAGGAUAGAAGCAAUUUGAUCGGGCAUAAACUUAACCCCGAAAAGCUUGCAGGAAAGGUGCCGGAGAAUCUUAGUGGUCUUGAUCUGCACCUUAGUAUUCUUGAGCCUCUGCUUCAAUAUGGGAAGAAGUGGCUCUUCGAAACGGAAAACCCAAGUGCUGCCGACAUUGGCUUCUUCUACCAGCUUGAAUGGGCUGAAAAGAUUGCUCGAGGCGAAGGUGUGCGCGACCUUACUGGUGGCGGGGCCCAAGAUGGAGACGGAGAAGGGCUGCAGUCCGUUUUCAAUCCCAAAAGGUACCCGAACCUCUCGUCAUGGUUUCAGAGGCUGAAGGAGUAUCUUGAUGCGCUGCCUCUAACCGAGAAUCGGAUUGAAAGGAACGAUGAGACAGGUAUCCAAAAAACCCUCAGCAAAAUAAGUUCAAUCUCUUUGGGAGACACAAUACCGUUGAUUGAAACACCGGCUGGAUCGCACAAGGAUCUGGAUGCCCGAAAUGGGCUGUCGCUUGGUGUCCAGGUCUCAAUUGCCCCGGAUGAUACUGGUCGAGGAAGCCCCACAGUGGGAACGUUAGUUGCUCUCACUGCCGAAGAAGUGGUUAUUUUACCCCAGGAAAUCGAUGGCAGAGAGCCGUUGGUUGGAAGUGUAAGAAUUCACUUUCCCAGAAUUGGCUUUGUAGUGCGAUCUGUUGAGAAGUCAAGGCUGUAG